GCGGCGGCGGCGGCGGCGCGCUCAGAGCGGCGGCGGCGGCGGCGGCGGCGGCAGCGCCAUGGCGGAGGCGGCGGAGGGGCCGGCGCGGCGCGGCAAGAGGACGGGAGCCGAGCCCGGCGCCGCGGCGGAGGAGCCGGCCGAGGCGGAGCGGGCCGCGCGACGCCGGAGGAGCUUGCAGCCGGACAUCCAGGGGACCACCGUCCUGCACGACACCAUCAGCGAGCGCCCGCAGCCCCUGCCAGCAAGGUACUUUGACACGAAGACCACGGAGCCCAUCAGCUUCUACUUGACCGGCCUGGAGGAGCUGCUGGCCUGGCAGCCCAACAGCAACGAUGACUUCAAUGUGUCAGCCGUGCCUCUGGCCAAGCGCCAGCCCCCGCUCCAAAGCAGGAGGCCCCGGACGCUGGUGUGCCACGACAUGCGUGGCGGGUACCUGGAGGACAGGUUCAUCCAGGGCUCGGCCACACGCAACCCCUAUGUCUUCUACCACUGGCGCUACAUCGACAUCUUCGUCUACUUCAGCCACCACACUGUCACCAUCCCGCCCGUGGUCUGGACCAACGCGGCGCACCGCAACAGCGUCCCUGUGCUGGGCACAUUCAUCACGGAGUGGACGGACGGGGAGAAGCUGUGCGAGGCGUUCCUGGCGGGCGGGGAGGAGGCGUACGGCGCCGUGGCCGAGCAGCUGGCCCGCAUCGCCCAGCACUACCGCUUCGACGGCUGGCUCAUCAACAUAGAGAACACGCUGAGCCCGGCAGCCGUGGGGAACCUGCCCCUCUUCCUGCGGGACCUGACGGCGCGGGUGCACAGCGCCGUGCCGGGAGGGCUGGUGAUCUGGUAUGACAGCGUGCUGAAGGAUGGCACGCUGAGGUGGCAGAACGAGCUGAACGAUCAGAAUAGGAUGUUCUUUGAUGCCUGUGACGGGCUGUUCACCAACUACAACUGGAAGGAGGAGCAGCUGGAGCGCACGCAGAGGCUGGCUGGUCCGCGCCUAAACGACGUCUAUGUCGGCGUUGAUGUCUUUGCCCGUGGGGAUGUGAUUGGUGGUGGCUUUGACACUGACAAGUCCCUGCGCCUGAUCCGCCAGUAUGGCCUCUCUGCAGCCAUCUUCGCUCCUGGCUGGGUCUAUGAGCACCUGGGCAAGGAAAACUUCCUGCAGAACGAGAACAGGUUCUGGGGCUCGCUGGCAGAGUACCUGCCCACGCACAGCAUUUGCACGCUGCCCCUCACCACCUCCUUCAGCCUGGGCAUGGGCAGCAGCACAUUUCUGGACGGGAAGGAUGAAGAGUCUGGGCCCUGGUACGACCUGAGUGCGCAGGACAUCCAGCCACUGUACCCGGAGCAGCAGGGCACGCUGAGCACCAGCUGCUGCCUGCAGGAUGCCUGGUGUGGGGGCAGCUCCCUGCAGCUGCAGGGGACCAUUCCCCCCGGCGAGGAGCGCGUGGCUGUCCGCCUCUUCUCUUUGCAGAUGCCAGCCCCCCCUAAGCUCUUCCUGACCCUGCGCUACAAGCUGGAGGGCCCACAGCCCGAUGACUUCACAGUGGCACUGGAGGUCACCACCUGGGACUCAGGGACCUGCUUUGAGGGCAACCCCACCUCCCUGCCCGAGCCCAACGGCCGGUACCACCCCCGGUUCCUCCCGGCACCGCCGCCCGGCCUCGCCAAGCUGCUCGCCGCCUGCCACCGUGGCUCCUAUGGCUGGACCAGCCGGUGCUAUGAGCUGGAGCUGCAGGACUGCAGCCUACGAGACCUCUCCCUGAUUGUGUCCCGCCAGCAGCCCAGCCCACAGGAGACAUCCUUCACCUGCCUCCUCGGGGAGGUCCGGGUGCUGGACACGGCCAGCGUGGCGGCCGCCCCGCCGCAGGUGCACGGCGUGACGGCCUCGCAGCUCUGGUGGCAGGAGGGCGCCGAGCCCGGGCAGCUGUCGCUCAGCCUCACCCUGCGCUGGUCCUUCCCGCCCGGCCGUGCCCGCUGGUUCCGCGUGCUGAGCCAGGGCGCCCGGUGCCGCCUGGGCCAGACGGCGCCGCAGGUGCUGGGGCUGGCGCAGGGCUGCCUGUUCCGGGCCGUGGGGCUGCCGGUGCCGCGGCCGGCGCCCGCGCAGUCCUGCCGGCUGGAGCUGCUGGUGGAGCCCGUUCUGCGGGACGAGCUGCCUGUGGACCCCGAGCGCUGGGGCCGCCUCGUGCUGGUCUAUUCGGCACCAGGCAGCGGCACCAGCUCAGAUGGGCAUUAAAGCAACUGUGGUGCAGCCCGUGCCGUGUCUCCUGCGUGUGGCGGGUGGGGUGUGGGCGGGGGACACAGAGGGAGGCUGCAUUUCAUCACCCGGGGCUGCCGAGUCACUUUCCUCCCAGCCCUGUGGUUGUGCUCAGCCCUCACUGUGGGGCCCACUGGGUGCUGACCCCCAACACGUGUGACCCCAGACUGCAACACCUCCCCUGAGAGCCCCAGCAGCUCCUGCAGCCCUCGCUGCCUCAGGCCGUCUGCCCACAGGCUGGGGAUACGGCCCUAAGACCCCAAGGGGCACAGCCCCCUCAGGGCUCAGCCGGGUGGGGAGCUGCCGGCACGGGCUCUGCAGCAGCCCAGCCUGGGUGACCGCUGUGCUCAUUAACGUGGCCCCAGCCCGGUGCCACCAGCCUGCGCUGCCUCCCCUCAGCACCCUGCGAGGAGGAGAGAAGAUUUAUAGCAGCAAUUAUUUUCUCACAGUCUGGUGAGCAAGCAAUUAGCAGGCAGGAGCAGCCGAGCGCUCCUGCAGUGGGGUCCCAAGCCCUGUCCCCAAACCAUGCAGGCUCUGCCAGGGACACCAAUGCCAGCAGCGGAGCUGCUGCUCCUGAGGCUCAGGAACGUAUUACCUGAUGGCUUGAAGAACGAAGGGCUAGGCCCAGCCAGGAGAGGGCUCUUCAUGCAGCACCCUGCUCCCUCGCCAUGGCGAGGCUGGGGGCCCCGAGGGUUCCCCGCUUGCCCACAGGCCGUGGCCCCCUGCCCAGCCAGAUCCACUGUAGCCACCACGGCCCCGCGCAACCAGUCAAAACCUGAGUCGCCCUGGUUGAAGAAAGAAAUCUUUAUUAAUAAUUUCAAUAAUAAUAAUAAUAAUAAUAAUCCUUGUAAUAAUAAUAAUAAUAAUAAUAAUAAUAAUAAUAAUAAUAA